AUGGAGAAAGCCUGGAAUGUCAAAUCCCAAGAACUGGACUGCAUCCUAACAGCUGGCCCGAACGUUCCCCACCACAUCUGUGAGGGAAUUAAAACAGACAAAGGGGUCCUUGUGACGUUCGGGAAAGGGAACAGAGUCAAACACAGAGAAGCCCUCUGUGAGGAAGAAACAGCGCUGAAGGAGAACCCGAGCCUCCUGUUGCUGGACUACGACGGGUCGGUGCUGCCCUUCCUCGGGGGUCUGGGCGGGGGCUACCAGCGGACCCUCGUGCUGCUCACCUGGAUCCCCGCGCUGUUCAUCGGCUUCAGCCAGUUCUCGGACUCUUUCCUCCUGGACCAGCCCAACUUCUCGUGCCGCGGGGCCGGCAAAGGCUCCGAGCUGGCAGGGGCCACCGUGACCGGCCACUGGGGCGACCUGGGCAACUGGACCAGCCCCCCGACCACCCCCUUCUCCACUGCCGCCUGGGGGGCCCCGGGCAACGGAAGCGACAGCAGCGGCGCGGACGGGGGCGACACGCCACCCCUCCCGUCCCCUCCAGACGAGGGGGACAACGCCUCCAACUGCGACUGCCACGAGUGGGACUACGGCAUCCGCACCGGCCUCGUCCAGAACGUGGUCACCAAGUGGGAUCUUGUGUGUGACAAUGCCUGGAAGGUCCAUAUCGCUAAGUUCUCCUUACUGGUUGGAUUAAUCUUUGGCUACCUAAUAACUGGAUGCAUUGCUGAUUGGGUUGGCCGUCGGCCUGUGCUGCUGUUUUCCGUCAUCUUCAUUCUGAUCUUCGGACUGACCGUGGCGCUCUCAGUGAAUGUGACAAUGUUCAGCACACUCAGGUUCUUUGAAGGAUUUUGCCUGGCUGGAAUAAUCCUCACCCUGUAUGCGAUACGAAUAGAGCUGUGUCCUCCUGGGAAACGGUUCAUGAUCACGAUGGUGGCGAGCUUUGUGGCCAUGGCAGGCCAGUUCCUCAUGCCUGGGCUGGCCGCCCUGUGCCGGGACUGGCAGGUGCUGCAGGCCCUCAUCAUCUGCCCCUUCCUCCUCAUGCUGCUCUACUGGUCGGUUUUCCCGGAGUCCCUCCGGUGGCUGAUGGCGACUCAGCAGUUUGAGGCCGCGAAGAAGCUGAUCCUGCACUUCACACAGAAGAACUGCAUAAGCCCAGAGAGCGACAUCAAGGGCGUGAUGCCAGAGCUGGAGAAGGAGCUGUCCCGGAGGCCCAAGAAGGUGUGCAUCGUGAAGGUCGUGGGAACCCGAAACCUGUGGAAGAACAUCGUGGUCCUGUGUGUGAACUCGCUGACAGGGUUCGGGAUCCACCACUGCUUUGCAAGGAGCAUGAUGGGCCACGAGGUGAAGGUGGCACUGCUGGAGAACUUCUACGCCGACUACUACACCAUGGCCAGCAUCGCGCUGGCGUCCUGCCUGGCCAUGUGCGUGGUGGUCAGAUUCCUGGGGCGCAGGGGGGGGCUGCUGCUCUUCAUGAUCCUCACUGCCCUGGCCUCCCUCCUGCAGCUCGGGCUCCUCAACCUGAUUGGAAAAUACAGCCAGCACCCAGACUCAGAACUGCAGCUGAAGUUGGCCGUAGGGAUGAGCGACAGUGUGAAGGACAAGUUCUCCAUCUCCUUCUCCAUCGUGGGCAUGUUCGCCUCCCACGCUGUCGGGAGCCUCAGCGUGUUCUUCUGUGCAGAGAUCACCCCCACGGUGAUAAGGUGCGGUGGGCUGGGGCUGGUGCUGGCCAGCGCGGGCUUCGGCAUGCUGACGGCGCCCAUCAUCGAGCUGCACAACCAGAAGGGCUACUUUCUGCACCACAUCAUCUUCGCCUGCUGCACGCUCAUCUGCAUCAUCUGCAUCCUCCUGCUGCCCGAGAGCAGAGACCAGAACCUGCCCGAGAACAUCUCCAACGGGGAGCAUUACACGCGGCAGCCGCUGCUGCCACACAAGAAGGGGGAGCAGCCGCUCCUGCUCACCAACGCUGAGCUCAAGGACUACUCGGGCCUGCACGACGUGGCCACCACCAGCGACGGGCUGCCUGAGGGCGCCACGGCCAACGGCAUGAAGUCCAUGUAGCCCCGGGCCGCCGUCCCUCGAGCCCCCGCGGGCGCCGGGCUGCGGGCACAGGCAGGGCUCCCAGCCGGGCGGACGCCUGGCGGUCAGAGUCCAGCUGCGCCGCGAAGCUCUGGGCCGGUGUGGGGGAAUUGUCUCCACGGAAGUCCAAGGAAUGGGGUGGAGGAGCAGACUCUUCGGAAAUAACCCUUCGCAGACUCGCUCUUCUGCCCUUAAAUGUUUAUAUUUAUUUUGGUCAUUUUUACCAAAAGCACUUUAUCCCCUCUCCUCUCACUGAUCAUGAAGUGGAAACACUGGCCUUGGCCAGCGAGUGAGGCAGGCCGCCCCGACAUCACCCCAGGACCUCGUGAGUGGCCGACGCUGCGGGCGUCUCCGCCCUGGGGACACGCGGCUCCGUGGACAGCGUGACAUUCACGUGGGCCUCGCAAGCCUGAAUGCACACAAAUUCGGUCUUUGCUACGGGCUGUGUGUGUUUUUUAGAGUUUGUUUCUCCCUUUCCAUGUGUAAGGUAAGAGUUUCCACCCCGUGUGCUGGGGGAAAGGGCUCCCAGACACGAGCAGAACCAGCGUAGUCUCGCUUCAGGGUCAUCCUCUGUACUUGAUGCUGAAAGCUCUUGAGGGAAACCCUAACUGAUCAGCAACGAGCCGCCGGCUCUCUGGCACCAGGCCUGCUUCACUGCGGCAAAGCUAGCGGGGACGCUGAGGUCUGGGACUCAUGCGUUUUUAUUAAACAUCCUCCCCAGAUUCAGGUCCAGCAGAAAAACUCCCCUUUCCAGUCCCAUUUAUUGCCGGCACUACUUGAAACCAUGGCUAUUUUCUGAACUGAAACACUAGGAACAUAACUGACAAGGACAGCUAAGGCAGAUCCCGGGAGCGAGGCCCUGCCCUCCCGGCGCGGUUCCCACAUCUCAAGCACACACCCAGACUCCAGCUCCUGCCGCCCCUCGUGCCCAGCACCCUUGGAGGCCGGGUCCACCUAUGUCUUCCUUCCCACCGUGGAGGUGGGGCACAGGCGGGAGGGUCCGAGGGGCCGCAGCAGGGUGAACCAAGAGAAGCAAUAACUCACCCAAGCUCAGCGCCGCCGCCCAGCUGCAAGGUUCUCGUCGUUCGCCUCCCCUCACCGGGCGGUUGGAAGGUUUCCUUCUGGCUGGCGUCUGCAGAGGACACUCAGGAUGCCGCCUGGGCUGCUGAGAAGCCAGCCUCCGCCUUCUCCCCACCGUUCCCUAGGUAGGCAGAGCUGCAGCCACUUGGUCCCUGUUCUCCCGUUUUCCCGCUAGAGCCACUGCUGCCCGCCCCCAGCCAUGUGCACAGCCCUGUGCUGCCUUCUUCUAGCGAAGUCAUCCUGAGCUCAGCUUCCUGAGACAGUCACUAGCUAGUGGAAAGGGCCGGAGCGGGUUGCUUCCACCCCGUGUUCCCCUCCGAAUCCGGCACAGACAUCCCGGAGCCUGCUGCCUGCCCGGCCAACCUGCUCCUUGCUGUCUCUACUCUCGUUCCAUGUUUCCUGUUAGUCUGAGUCACCCUUCCAAAGGCCUUUCUUUAGCUCUGUGCAGCCUUCGCGUGCCAAACUUGUGAAAUACCUUUCCCCCUUUCCAGGGUACCGGCUGCCUGGUCCCCUGGCAACAAACCCUGAUAAGGAUGGGUUGGGACACUGCAGGAGCCGUGAGCAGUCUAGAGGCCAUGCAGCCUUUAAGGAGCCUGGAAGCUGCUGCGUGCUGCUGAAACCACUAGGAGGGCAGGGUCACUGCUCUCCACCUCAGGGGAGAGGCUAGGAACCUUGGGGCUGCAGAGCUCCCCGCUUCAGCAGUCAGGGCCGAGCCAUCGUGACCAGAGGAGACACAGCUUUGAGGUGUGGGCUCAGGACAGUAUGGGUGAGGCUGACCUGCUGCAGGGCCCUGCUGGCAGCAGAGGGUCCCUGAACCUCUGGAUGAAGCGCGGCGGCAGUGGGAAGGCCUCCCUGGGGCAGAGCCUGGACGGGUGCCAGGGGAGAGGCAGCAGCUCCCCCAGAGCUGACGCACUGCCUCAGCCCCACCUCCAGCACCAGCUGCCGGAGUCCCAGUCCCGCCGGCCAAGAGGCCCGCCCAUCCCCAGGCCUGGACUCCCCACCAUCCUCCCCCCACCACCUGUACCCACCUUUUUGAUAAAAGUUAUGCACAAAUGUGAAUACCUGAGAUGGGACUGAAUAUUUCUUCUUUCUGUUCUUUUCCGGAAGUCAAUAAUAAUUCUCAUCAGAUAUCCUAAUUAGCAUCCAAUGCAAAUAGGCGAGAAAGUCUUAAGUGUGUUCGUUUUCUAAGACCCUAACUGCUUCCAACUGGAGGACAGGACUGGUAAGUUGGUUCGGCCACAGAGUGCAGAACAGACCUGGUAGAGGAAGCAGCUCAAACACAACCACUUCCUAGAGCCAAACAGAAACCCCUGAACUGGAAGUGCCAUUGGACUCUUGUGACCAUGUGACCAUCACCUCGCCCAGCCCCAGGGUGGAGGGUGGGCUGGGGGCCCAGUGUCAGCCGUCUCCUUGUUUCGGAGGACACCACCUCACUGUAAUGUAUUGUGUGUGUUGAGAAGCAGCGGUGUGUUGUCUAGUGAGGGAUGCGUCCCUACCUCUGUCCUUCCUGCAGCCAGCAGCGUGGGGCUUGAACCCAGGAACUAUGUGACUGCCUGCGCCGAGGUCCCUGUGGCCGUAUUCGUUCAUAGCACAAGCUCACACUGAGUUCUGAACUGUCGUGCACAGCUAUGUGUCUGCAUGGUGUCGCCUCUGUUGUACCUCUGGGGAAAAUUCGUAUGUAAAUGUACAGAAAUAAAAAUGUUGCCCCAUGAACAGAUUUCCUCUGGAAUGUCUUCCCUACCUCACCUGAUGGCAUCCAACGAAGGGCAUUUCACUAUCACUGCAACAAGUAAUAAAAAACCUCCCUGUUGAUUCAGA